CACUGUUUCAAUGGGCGCAUCUCCUCACGUUGCCACGCAACAACCACCAGUCACGUAGGACCACGCGCGUUGCAUACUGGGAGUAUGUCAGUGAUGCUGAUUCAGAGUAGAGGCGAGUAGCGGGGAGAAUGGAGUAUGGUGCAACGACAACCGACACAUAUGUCAUUAUCACGACCUCGCACAAGGAAUGAUGCGCCUCUCCAAUGCCUCGCACGCCGAGGCUCUACAACGACGUCAGAAGAUCAGGUGAAUGGCUGAAUCAAGUUGGAAGCUGCUGUGCCUCUCUCUGGCCGGCCAAUGCAGUGCGUAGGGACGGCCGUCCAACCUGACGAAAACAUGAACGGAGCGGGGGAGCAGGUGGACAUCCUGCCCCCAAACUGCAUGGUAAAGGACAGAUGGAAAGUGCUGAAGAAGAUUGGCGGGGGCGGUUUUGGGGAGAUCUACGAGGCGUUGGACUUGCUGACCAGAGAGAAUGUUGCUUUGAAAGUAGAGUCAGCCCAGCAACCUAAACAGGUCCUCAAAAUGGAGGUGGCUGUCCUCAAGAAACUGCAAGGGAAAAAUCAUGUCUGUAAAUUCAUUGGAUGUGGAAGGAACGAGAAGUUCAACUACGUGGUCAUGCAACUUCAGCAGGGGAGAAACCUGGCAGACCUGAGGAGGAGUCAGCCUCGUGGCACCUUUACCAUGAGCACCACACUGCGUCUGGGCAAACAAAUUCUGGAGUCCAUAGAGGCCAUCCAUUCUGUGGGCUUCCUGCACAGAGACAUCAAGCCUUCAAACUUCGCCAUGGGUCGUCUCCCCUCUACCUUUAGGAAGUGCUUCAUGUUAGACUUUGGCCUGGCUCGCCAGUACACAAACACAACCGGUGAGGUUCGGCCGCCCAGAACUGUGGCGGGAUUUCGGGGCACUGUUCGUUAUGCAUCAGUAAAUGCUCAUAAAAACAAAGAAAUGGGCCGCCAUGAUGAUCUUUGGUCGCUAUUUUACAUGUUAGUAGAGUUUGCAGUCGGUCAGCUACCAUGGAGAAAAAUUAAAGAUAAGGAACAAGUGGGACAGAUUAAGGAGCGCUAUGACCACAGAAUGCUGCUCAAACACAUGCCUUCUGAGUUCCACAUCUUCCUGGAUCAUGUUUUAUACCUUGACUACUUCACCAAGCCAGAUUACCAGUUGCUGAUGUCAGUCUUUGAGAACAGUAUGAAGGAACGCAUCAUCACGGAGAAUGAGCCUUUUGAUUGGGAGAAGGGUGGGACAGAUGGAGUUCCUCUAUCCACCAGCAUGUCUACACCCCCUCAACAGAACACCCGACAGACCCCCGCCGUGGUCGGAGUGGUAAAUGUGACUCCGGUUCCUGGAGAGCUGCCGAGGGAAAACACAGACGAUGUCUUACAGGACGAGCACCUGAGUGACCAGGAGAACGCACCACCGGCCGUGCCUAGCAGGCCUAAUGAGGGGACAAGACCUCAGGCAGAAGGAGAGGCGUGGAACGACACCGACUUCAACCGCAACCAACUCAGGAUCAGCAUCAGCAAGGGACAGCUGGCUGUGGAGGAGGAGCCUUCUAAAGGGGCGUGUCUUGAGGCCCCUGUGUGUGGGGCUCCCCCAGAAAUGACUGGGGUUCAGGUCAGCGCCCUGCGUUACCGUCGGGUCAACAGCCCAGAGUCAGAACGCCUGUCGGCUGCAGACGGGAGACCAGACAUCUAUGACAAACGAGGGUCUCGUAUGGACAUGCUGGGAUCCCCGUCCCGCCACGUACACUCCUCCCAGCCGGCGCAGAUGCACUCCCUGGAGGGAGGAGGUGGGGACUGGCAGGGUGCAGGUGGACGACCAGGCCAGGAGGUCUCUGUGGUCUCCGCGGCCGACCCCGAGGCCCAUAGUAACGCCUUCAUCCGGUCGGUACCACUCGCUGAGGAGGAGGACUUUGACAGCAAGGAGUGGGUAAUCAUCGACAAGGAGACGGAGCUCCAGGACUUCCUGGGUCAUCUUGGGGCGGGGGCAGAGCCCACCACCUCAGGGCCCACCACCGACGAGGAACCCGAGGAGCUGCGGCCCCUGGAGGACCUGGAAGAGCGGAGGAGGCUGAGGGUGGCUGGAGGUGGUGAGGUGGUGGUGAGGCCCAAGAUGCGGGCAGGAGGUGUCGGGGCCCUGCCUGAUGGGGAGGGGGUGAACGGGGCCGGUCCUGGGCACUCAGGGUAUCACACCCUGCCUCAGAGCCGCGGACAACGGCCGCGGCCCCAGUCGGAGCACUUUGCGGCUCACGGACAGGCACCGGAGCCUAUCAACUCAUACCAGGGUGGCAGUAUGGAGGACCUUCUCCUCCAAGGCAUGGUGAGAGAGAGGCCUGAUCUGAGCAUGCAGGCACAGCUUCGCCUACGACGGGUUGACUUCCUUUCUGCAAUGCUCACUGUCACCCUUCCACCUCUCCAAACCUCCUUUGAGGUUGCUUCGGGAUCCGGUGUUCAGCAGGGUCAGGAUGGGGCAAUGGACGUCCCAAACACCAUAGAAGGUGCUGGGGCAGGGUCCGACGGUGACAGGAGCCCCAAAAGCAGCGAGCACAGCCAGGAGGGUGAUGAUGGAGCUCCCUCUACUCUCCUCGCAGACGAGCUUCUUCGAGAAUAUCCUCGUCGGGCCUCUGGGGGAGCGGGGUUGGGCGGUGAACUGGAGCUGGAGGAAGGCUCCAAGACGCUGGUGAUCUUAUCGCCUGGAGACGUGAGGCGGUCCCUGGCCGUUGUGGGCGAUUUGCCCCCGGAUGAUGCUGGAAGCCACCAGGGGACCUAUGCAGCCGUCACACCCCAAGGCGAGAGGGCGCUAGGAGCCCUGGGAAGCCUGCUGGAUGUGUCCGAGCCAGGCACUCUGUCCUCCCAGCUGAAGUCUGAGCCCAAACCGUGUUUGAUGGCCAUCACUGCCAUUCUGGUUAAUGUGGCGUCCAGUGUGGUUACUCCCACCAGCACGUCGCCUCCUUUCACCAAAGUGGAACGGACGUUUGUCCACGUUGCGGAGACCACCCACCAAAAUGUGAUGAGCUCCUCAGGGAAUCUACAGCCCAGGGUGCUGCUCCCCAGCCUGGUUGAGGAGCACACGGCUAAACAGGACGAUCGCUUGGAGAAAGUCAAAUACCUAUGGAAGGGAGAGAAAGAUCGGGCCAGGGGGAAAGAACCAGAUGGAGAUGUAGAGCCGGAGGAUCUCUCAGUGGGAGAGAAAAAUAGAGACAUGAAGAGCCCAUCUGACGGAGAUGUCUCAGACAAUGAUGUUGAGAAGGAGAGGAAGAGUGGAUCUGAGGUUCAAUGCCUAGACAGCAAAGAGGGAAGGGAGAGUGAGUCUGAGGCUGAAGCCCAAAAGACAUACGACAUUGAGAGGAGGGAGCGGGUAUCCGAAGACGAUGUCAUCGAGAAAGACGUGGCAGGGGAUGAAGAUAACAGGUUCGAGAAUAACAUUUCAGAGAGAGACAAAGAGAAAGAAGAGGGGAAGAACGAGGUGGAACCAGAUAAAAAGGAGGAAGCCCCAGGUGCCUUAGAAGGGGAACCCCGGGUUAAGAUGGAGGAUGAAAGGAAAGAAGUUGAUGAAUUCAUCUCUUCAGUAAAAGAUACAAAAAAACAGAGGGAACUUGAGGAUGAGGCUCAGGCAGUAAUCCAGUUCCAGAACCUCUUCUCUUCUGUUCUUGGUUCCCCUGAAGAACCUGAAGCACAGGAUGUCCUGGUUGUUCAUAGAGAAACCAAAUUAGAGUUUCUACAAGGGGCCACCCCUAUUGUUGUUUUCCCUGAGAUGGAGCUUGAACCAAACAAAGAAGACUCUUCACUGGAAAAACCUAAGGGCCCUGGCGAUCUAGAAGCAGUGAAAGUGUGCUCGGUGGAAGCCGAAGUUGUACAGUCUAUCAGACAGACCAGGCCUCCAAAACUGAGCAGGAUCCCGGUUCUCUCUCGGUCCGAAGAGGACACAGGCUCAGACCAGGACCAGUCGGGGGCAUCUCAGUCGGUCAAGUCCCGUCAGAGGACCAAGCAACCACACCUAGCCCGGCUGGUCAUGGAAAGAAGGCAAGGUCGCAUGCAACGACUGGCUUCUGCAUCCUCAGCGUCCUCCGUGGAUGACGGCUGUAAAGCGGCAGCAGAGACCCAGUCGGAAGAAGACACCCAUGAUGACGACUCUCUACCCAGGAAGGGGAGGGGUGUUGAGGGGGUGAGGAGGAGCGGUGGAGGGCGUCAGAGGAGUAGGAUACCUCGACCUGUCACGCCUGUUAAGCUCCAGGGACCUUCUGCAACACCGUCUCAUGUCAUCCCCCAAAAUAGCACCACUGCUAAUGUCCACAAGCCACAACAUUCAACUGUGUAUACCAGGCAUCAAUCUCACAAAUCCAGGACCUCAAGCAUGAAGGGUCAGCUCCACCAGAGGUCCCAGACUCUGCAGUCCCGACCUGGGGCUGACUCCUCCUCCCCUUCCUCAACCCCCCCGGCACCAGGGCGUGGGGUCAUCUCCCAAGCCCCUGCCUCUUUACACCCAUCUCCCCGCUGUCUCAGCACCUCCCCACGCAGCUACUCCACCUCCAGGACCGACAGCCCCUCCCCUCAGCGGCCACGCCGGGGAGCCGCAGUCACCGAGGUCCGGAGGCAACUCAUAUCCGUGCGGGCGCAGACCGCACUUCCGCUAAAGCCCCGACCACCUCAGACCGAGGACACUUCAGCGCUUGGGACACACAGGAGGCGAAGCAAACUCUACCCGUCAUCAUCUACGUCCACUCCGACCAAGGGGAAGACGGAUGCUGCUGAAAGCAAGGCAGCCACCAGAUAAUAUAUCCUAGCUUAGUAUAUUCGGGUGAUCUAUUCAUUUGACUGUCCACAAUGCAGUUCACACACACCUUUAUCCACCGUAUGUCAGAGUAACUCCACAAACUUGUUUCUUUCGGACCGUGCAGGAAAACGCUACAUUUUAACUCUCAGCUUUGGAUAGCAAAUAGGCGUCUGCUUUUAAUCACAGUUAAAGCCCAAGAACCAAACACUAAAAUGAGCACCAGCCCAUGGAUGUGACUCCCAGCGCCACACAGACUAGGGAGGUAGGUGUUGUUCUUUACCUCCUGCAGCUAAUGCCUCACUGCACCAGUCUGGGAACGUGUUCCUUAGCAGGGUUUGAAUCACAAAUUGCUCAACGAUGGUGCCCAAGAUGAAUGUUGUUGACAGUUCCUGAUUUGUUAAGGGGGUUCCCUAGCCCCCCUGUGAUUCCAACCCUAAGUCUGGGGGAAUCUAAUGGAGUCUGACUUGGUACAACAGCCCUCACAUGCCUUAUUAAUACCUGUUCUCAAACCUGUUCUUAUAUACUCCCAUUACGGAAGCUUCCAGGGACAAUACAACAAUUGCAUUAGCAGAGCAGCAGUCUCAUCUGAUCAUUGAUUAGGUUGCUUAAAGAAGUGCUUGAAAUCAUGUGUGAGAUAAAAAAAUGAUAUAGAGCUACAUUAUGGAAUUCACUUUAUUUAGGUCAGAUCACAGAAGUCAAUAAGGUAACAUUUUAUUUGAUACUCCUUAUGAAGAGUUAUGAACUGUUCUGUUACGUUGUAAGCAUGUUUAUGGACUGUUAUAGAGCAUUUUGAAACUGCACAUUAAAAGCAAUUAGGCACCAGAGUUUGUUCAUGAAUGUCACUCUCAUUCCUUGUUACAUGAUUGGAAAGUUUCACUAUGGUCAAUGACUGAAUCUAUGACAUGUAAUUCAUGUUUUGAGAGCAUUAUAACACUUUACAAGGUGUUUCAGUUGAAGUGUUACCAUCGUGUUCAUUAGAAUCAGAUAUGGAUUUGUGGCAGUGUGCAGUUUCUGCUUGCCGUUAUUACAUCCAAUCAAAGGCCAUCACAGUUGGAUUGAAAAUGUGUGCUGUAUAAAUAAUGUCUGAUAGAGUAUUAUACAGUCUCACAAACCUUUGUAAUGCAUCUACAAAGUUCCAUGAAUGUGUUUACUUGACAAUGCAACCCUUGACAAGAAGCUACUUAAGCUGUCUAAAACAUUUCUGGCCUAUAUCAUAAUUUGAAUUAAGGUUAACAGUUUACAAUAUGUUACCUUAUUCUUAAGCAUUCCCAAAAUGUAUGUCGUUUAUUGUCUUUCUUUGUUCAUAGAUAGAAAAGGAUUUUGAGGGGGAAUGAAAAAUCAAUAUGUUUUGCAAGAUAGCGUAAACGUAUCUAGUUGUGGCUUCUUAAUUUUCUGCAUGUGUUCUUGUCUACCUCGGGAGAUGGUUUUAACCAGAUGAGUGUUUUUUUCUUUUUUGGGAAAUUCACUAGAUGUACGUAGAGAUUACCACUGCGUUCCAAAUUCAGCUUAUUCCACAUUUUGUGCAUUACUUGUGACAAGCGAUCAUAAGACUUUGUUCAAAGGUAGCGCUCUAUAUAGAGAGGUGCCAUUUGUGACCAAUCACACAACAGAAUCACAUUUAAAUAUUCUGUAGAUAAGUAGGAAUGUGUCAAAAGAAAAAUGAUUUCUGUUAUUUUUGUAUUACAGCUUAUAUGUGCAUGAUUAGGGGGUGCUAGCUAUACAAUUUCACAGAAUGUUCACUUCAGGUGUAAAAUCAUCAGUUUGUUCAUACAUUUAUUUGGAUCCCAAUUUGCUGAUGCCUUGGAGACAGCAAGUCUUCCUGGGGUUCGACAAUAAAAAAAAUACACCAGAAGUACACAUACCUUCACAAUCGACGACAUUCAUCGAAAUCAUUAACAUGUAAACAUUACAGACAAACAAAUAUAAACAAACACACAAAAUUUGAAACUCAAAAGAAAACUCAAAACAACAACAAGUAAUUUGUAGCCAUGUGUGCGUGUCUCUCUUUGCAUUCCCUGCUGUUUUAUCUUUAUUUUAUCUUUUAUUUGUAUUUUUUUCCUCAUUUGUUAAUUUUGUGAUGUCAAUUCGUCAGAUUUUACUGCACGCUUGAGUUGCUUGAGGUAAAAAGCAGUUCCAUGUUGUCAUGGUUCUAUAGAAGUACUGCUCUCCUUGCUUUCUGUUCUCUUCUGGGCUUACGGACUGUAAAGAGACCACUGAUUGCAUGUCUUUUCGGGUAAGUAUGGGUGUCAAAGCUGUAUGUUAUAUAGGUUAAAACAAUUUGGACUAUGAGUGACAAUAAUAUUAUAAAACCAAGAAGUGAUGUAACCCUUCACUCUUCUACUUUUAGCCAAGAGAAAAUGGCGUGCACACUAUAUUAGCCCUACUUUGUCAAUGUUAAUUCGUUGAGUGUUGUUUGGGGCAAGGCUUGCUGCUCUGAUUUGAGCCAGCUUCAGCUUUGCUACGUCUUUCUUCCCUGCAUUUGACUAUACUACUGGACAGUAGUCAAAAUUGGACAAGACUAUAGCCUGAAUAACUAUAAAAAUUGAUCUUUUUGUCAGUCGUUCAUUAUCCCCUUUUCUUAAUUAUAAUUUUUCUAAUUCUGUUCUUACUACAUGCAGGCUGUUAUAAACAUCAUUGUAGAGUAUUUUUCAUUUGCACUGUUCUUUGUUGUCUACACUUCAGAAGUGUUACAUUUAUAUUACAGAAAUAAUAAUUUCAUAUCAUAUGACAGGGAUAAAACAAUAUAGUGAUACAUUUUUGACAGUACAAUACAAUGUUAAUAAAUCUGUUAAUUUUGCCGUGUACAAUACCCAGACGACGUUCUGACAUCACCCAAAAAUGUAUUUAGCAAUUUAGUGAGACAAGCAGAGCUGCUAUGUGAAUGUCAAUCAUUAAUGGUUUAAUAUGAAGCAAUUUCAUUGGCUCACACUAAUUCAAGUUUGCUUUUUAUUGAUCCAUCUAAGUUAUCACUUCUAAGAAAUGUGGCAUGGCUUGAAAUAUAGCUACUUGUUUCUGGUGUUCCAUAAUAGUUUGCCAGUAGUGUUGUACAUAAUUUACUUCUUGAGACAUAAAUAAAUCUUUAUUUUUAUUUGAUAAAUCAAAAAACUGUUUUAAAAAAUAUUUGUAUUUGCAUUUGUUAUAUUUAUUUUUCAGAAGUGUCAAAUGAAACCUCUUCAAGCUUUAACAAUACUGCUGCAUUCAGACUAACAAACCAAACAUUUUACAUUUAGAUUAGUGUGGUGUUGAAUAUAUAAUUUGGCAUGAUGCUAAAAUAUGGUUUGGUGGGAGAUAACUGUAGAACAUUCAUUAUGGUCUGAAAUAUGACAAAAUGCAACCAAUAAUGAGUAUUACAACACUGCAUUACUUACGUUUUUAAGAAUAGGUGAAGGAUCUGCUGUAAAGCAUUAACUACUGUACAUGUACUGCUUUGAUAAAUACAUAAAACUGUGUAAGGGAGAGGGAACAGAUAUUAUUCUGUUAUGGUUACAUUCAAGAUGUUUUCAGUUCUCCAUCAACAUGUUUGCUUAUCUUUGGACUCUCAGUCUGCCCAAACAAGGAUGGACUUUGCAUGACUGUUUCAUGAAUUUAAUCAUUAUAAAAUUAUCUGCUUAUUAUAUGAACUAGCUUGCUGACAAGUUACCCAUUUGAUCACUGAUGACGACAAUAAAGACCUGCUUCAUUUA